CAAUAGUCAAUGUCUUGUGCCUGUGGUUUAUUUAUUAAUUUUGUGGUAUUUUUCGUCAUAAUAAAUUUGGUUUCUUCAACAAUUUUAGCCAUUGCCCUUAAUAUUUAUAAUGUAAGCUAAAAUUUGAUGUAACUCAGUAAGAUUAUUAUUACAUUUUAAAAUCUAAUUUAAUAUAAAGGGGUACAAAAUUUUAAAUUUAUUUAGCAAAUUCCUUUGUAUUUCAAACUACGUAAGACCAUGAAAGACAUAAUAGUUUUCUGGGCCAAAGUCAAGAAUGCUUAAAGAGUGGGCUCAUUGUAUAAAAAUUAGUCGUAGAAAUAUUUACAGUUAAUGUAGAGUCAAAAUUCAAAAGAAGAUGGCUCAUUUUAGACGCGAUAUUACGUAUAGUGCAUUAAACAAUGAAUUAGUACCACCAUUAGCAAUAUCUGCUGAAAAUGCAGCUGGUUCACCAACUGUGAUAUCCCUAGAUCACGAACAUGACGACUCUACCAAUGUUAUCAUUCACAAAGUACCGCAAACAAAGGGAGGAUGGACACAUAUUCAAGAUCUAGAUUCUUUUUUUACAAGAAUGUAUAGAUACUAUGUUAGAGGGGGAUUUUAUCCUAUGAUUAUGUCUGAUAUAUUUUAUUUGUUACAAUUUGUAUUCAUUGUCUGGUUUUCCACAUUCUUAGUGCAUUGUGUUAAUUAUCAGAAACUAUUUAGAAAUGACCCAAAUAUAACUAGAAGUGAUAAACUUAGCUUAAGUGAUGUUAUAUUACCAACAACAGAAUGUCGUGCUAGUAUUUCAUGGCAAUGGUGGUGUCUCAUAGUAUUGUGUUUAAUUAUUUGGCUUAUGAGGCUGAUAAUAUCAAUAUAUCAUUUAUAUUAUGCCUAUGAUACAAAACUAUUUUAUAAUAAUGCAUUAAGAAUAAAAGAGAGUGACUUGGGAUGGGUUAAUUGGACAACAAUACAGGAUAGAGUGAGGGAGGCUCAACCAGAACAUCAUAUGUGUGUUCAGAAACAGGAUAUCAACGAACUAGAUAUUUAUCACAGAAUACUCAGGUUUAAUAACUACAUGGUGGCAAUGGUUAAUAAGAAUCUAUUACCGCUACAAAUACAUGUGCCUUGUAUUGGAGAUUUUCACUAUUUAUCAAAAGGUCUAAAGUGGAAUUUGGAGUUUCUCUUAUUUUCUAGUCCAUGGAGCCCUUGGGAAAACUGCUGGCAGCUUCGUUCAAAUUACAAAGACCCAACAAAAAGAAUGGUUUUAGCUCGACAACUCGAACGACAAAUAUUACUUUUGGCUCUGGCUAAUUUUGUACUUGCACCUCUGAUAUUAGCAUGGCAAAUAUUGUACUUUUUCUUCAAUUAUGCUGAGUUAAUAAAGAGAUCGCCAGGGUCACUCGGCCUACGGACUUGGUCGCUUUACGCUCGAAUAACUCUGAGGCAUUUUAAUGAGCUCGAACACGAAUUGAGGGAUCGACUAAAUCGCGCUCACAAACCUGCGCUGAAAUAUUUAGCGAGUUUCAGUUCGCCUAUCACAACCGUUAUUGCGAGGAAUAUUGUGUUUGUAUCGGCGAGUAUUCUCGGAGUAUUGGUUGCCCUUUCAGUGUACGACGAAGAUGUAUUGACCGUAGAACAUGUCCUAACAAUAAUCACUAUCCUCGGCUGUGUUCUCGCUGGAGCUAGAGCUUUAAUAGGACUCGAGGAACAUCUUGAUGGUGGGUGCACGGGGCCAACCCGCGGUGAAGAAUUAUUUGUACAAGUGUUGGGAUACGUACACUAUCUGCCAGCCGCUUGGAGGGGUCGCGCCCAUACAAAAGACGUGGCUGCUCACUUCCAACAACUGUUUCAGUUCCGAGCGGUGUACAUUCUGUUCGAGUUGCUUAGCCCUCUACUUUGUCCACUUGUUCUAUUAUCACUCCGCGCACGCGCACUUGAUAUAGUGGACUUUUAUAGGAACUUCACUGUAAGCGUGCUUGGAAUCGGAGAUGUUUGCUCAUUUGCUCAGUUGGAUAUCAGACGCCAUGGAAAUCCUGAUUGGCAGACCCCGUUGAAGUAUGACAAACUAAAAGGUGGCAAUACACAAUAUAAUCAGGGUGAAGGUGGUAAAACGGAAUUGUCUCUGGUCGCAUUCUCUUGCCGACACCCGGGAUGGCAUCCAAGUGAACCCGCCCAAAGACAAUUUUUACGAUCUCUACGACAGAGUAUGCACCAUGCUUUACCCGCAAACAAUGGCCUGAACAAAACGAUGCUGGGAUCAUACAUUCAACAAAGUAUAUUCGGUGUCAACACUCCAUUACCUGCAGUUCUCUCCUAUUAUCAGCAGCAGAAAACUCAAUAUCGACUACCGGACAUGGAUGAAACGAGCGACGAAGAAGAGGGACCAAGUGGACAAUCAGUGAAGGAUCAAGGCCUGGCUGGUGCCAGCAGUGCAUUGGGUGCCAGCGCGUUAGGGCUUGACCCCACUACCGAAAUGCCAGCAGAUGAAUUGCGUGAUAUAUCAGUCAGUACUUUACACCUCUACGAUCUUCAUCUCUCACAGGGUGGCGGCAACGUAUCGUGUUGUACGAACAAAUGCAGCGAACGACCAUCUCGUUGGUCAAGCGGUGAGCAAACGCCGCUACUACGUCCUUAACGAUGGUCUAAUUCGCCCCGCGAUAAAGGACCUGUGUGGGUCUAGCUCUGGGUACACGCACUGUCUUGUCGGUACAGAAUGUAAGAUCAAUAUUAAUUCAAUAGACGCAACGUUUCAGUUGUAAAAGCAAUAUCUUAAUUGACGCGUGUCAACUCACAAUCAUUUGACGUUUGAUAGAAUAUUUUUUAAUAUUAAUAAUAAUUUUCAAAUUUAUAAUAUGUAAAAGUUUAAUAUUUUUAUAUGUUUUAAUUUUAUUCAUAUUGACAUACUAUUCACACUUACAUAUCUCUAAAAACUUUUGGUCCUUCAAUCCGGAAUUAGUUUCAAAAGAAAACCUCUUACUGUCGGGUUCCAUAUCUUAAAUACUAUCACGGUUUCCUCUAUACAAGAGAAAUAUAAUAUCAUUUGAUUCAGUCGGUUUUCGUGGUACGUAAAUCCUAUGAAACUAUUAUUGUAUAGCUACAACAUGGCUAAUAUGUUUAGUAUUUUGAUUGUAAAAUUUGAUAAAGGUUUUGGUAGACAGUCGUAAAUCCAGGGUACGCAUUGGCAUCUAUUUUUGUAGGGAAUUUUAAAAAUAUGCCAAUGCAUCGCGAGGGGAUUAUUAUUAAUGAUAUUUUAUAUCUUGACAUUGUUUUAAGUCAUAACGACUUUAGAUUAAGUUUUUGACGACAAAAUUAUUAAUUUGUCGAACGGUACAUUGCGUCAUGUUUAUAAACGCACAUAUUUAGGCUAAAAACGCAUAGUGAGUGAUUAGUGAGUGAUUUUGUAAAUAAAAUAUUUUGUCACAUUUACACUCCCUUGCUAUAUUCCUGCCGCUGCUGGAAAUAUUUCCUUAAAUACUUCUUGCAGCAUAAUUGGGCCGUCAUACUCAGCUCUUAGUGACAGCGCCAGCGAUUUAUUUAAAUACUCACGCUGCCCUCUUCCUUGCUCAAUUAUCAGAAAGCGCUGAGUGUAGAUGUGGCAUUCCGUCAUUUGACGAUAGUAUUAGAAAUAACUAUAAUGACAUGUAUUCAUCGGCCUUAUGCUAAGUGAGAUAUAAAAUUUGCUAUUUUUAUUUUUGUGUGAUUUUAGAAUAGUCGUUGUUUAUUUUUCCACGUCAAACAUACAAGAAUAUAUGAGAUAUUGUUUUCGCGUUUCUCAAUUGCCGAAAGGCAUGUUUCGGAAUGAUGUGCUUUUAUAGAAAGCCUUAAGUUUAUAUAUUUUUAAUGUCGCAUAAUGCAAUUAGCGCUUCAAUUGCCUUUACAUAACGAUGUCGAUACAUCGAUAAUAUUUUAAUUAAAACCGUGGGACUUCUAGUCCCAUAUUCGGAACGCGAAGCAAUGACUUUUAAUGUAUUCUUUGAUAUUUUUGACUACAUAAGACUAGUUUCUAUCUUGAUCCGUAUAAGAAGACUGGUCUAAGUGUUGUACAAUGUAGAUUCAUAUAUUAAUUGAGAAAAUAAAACAGCUCGCCGAAUUUUGUACAAAAAAAAAUUCUAAAAAUUCAAAUACAAGUACCUGAAAUCUUUUUGAUUCAUUCUAGACAAAUGCUAUAUUGGCAUAAGUUGAGAGUGAUUUUUGAAAUGCGCUUUGUCAAGUGAUGUGUUAAAUAAAUUAGGAGUUAUCAUUAAUAUUUUUAUACGCCCAAUGGGGAUGGGUAUCAAAUGAAAGUCCUUUUGAUUAACAUGUUUCGGUAAGAAAUUAUUCAAUCUCAAGACAUGAUAAAUAUAUAAUUGAAGCAUUGACUUGUUUGAAUUAAUAAAGUAAUUAGCUAGAUUUUUUAUAAGCAAUAAAAAACGGGCAAAAUAACCUAGGGAGCUAGAGUCUAC